AUGUUUGUCCGUUCAAUGGCCGCCAUGGCCGCUGUCGCGUCAACUGCCUUCGCGGUCGCUUCUAUCAGCGACGAUGAGAUGACUAGCUACUUGAAUGACGGUGCCGUUGACCUCGCGGUCAACUAUGCGCCAUUGUGGUUUUUUGGCCAGGCCAUGGACCAGCCUCCUUGCUACCCAGUCUGGGCAUUUGGCGGAAAUGUUUCGACUCCAGAUGUCUAUGACUCGGAUCAUAAGACUCCACCGGCGGCGCAAUGCGAGUAUCCGGAUGUUGGUUGUGGCUGCCGUCUGCCCGAUGUGCCUAUUGGAAACGCUGGCCCGGAAUUCCCUAUCUACUACACUUUCAGCCAGUGCAACUCGAGUGAAGUCCGGGUGGCCUACAAUUUGUUCUAUCAAAAGGAUGGGGCCAAGGUUGUUGACCUUAUCGACACCGGCCACGACUAUGACUGGGAGCGUGUGGUUAUUAUCCACACCAAGGACUCGGACAACAACUCCUGGGCUCCAAGCCGAGCGCUCCUUUCUGCCCACAGUGGCUACCACAGCAUCGCUUGGGGGGAUAUCCAGAACACAUUGACCACUGACGAGAUCAAUGCUGGCGACGCAAUCGACCCCAACGGUGUCCAGAACAACGAUCACCCCAAGGUCUACGUUUCAUGGUCCAAACAUGCCAACUUUGACACUCGCAACACUGGCUUCAAUGAUCCCGCAAGUCAGUCGCUCGACGACGCUUUCCGCAGUCAAGACUGGUGGCACUUUGUCGAUUCAAAGUACUAUAUUCUCUCUGACAACUCGACGGACGCUGGCCAGGCUCUGGGCUCGGCCGACUGGGGCUCUGCGACCAGCAACCCCCCCUCAGUGCAGGCUUCUCUUUGCACGCAGAACGGUCCGAUGAGAAAUGCUACCACUCGUGUCAUUUCAACUUGGUCAUCACCAGCCAUGGCUACGAUGACGACGACCGCAACGGCCAUUGAGCUUCAGCCCCCCGCGGGCAAUGUCGCGAGAACUACCGCUGCAUCGACCGGCAGCCAGGUUCCGCUCCGCGCUGCCGAGGAAGAUGACGAUGUCAUGCAGGCGUCCUUUGCUGCAGACUCGGAAGUUCCCGACGGUGGAUAUGGGUGGGUUGUCAUUUUUGCAUGUGCGAUGCUCACCUUCUGGUUUGUGGGCACGACCUACUGCUGGGGCGUGUUCCAGGCCGUGCUUGUCCAGCAAGGAGUCUCCUCGGCGUCGACCUUGGCGUUUGUGGGCUCGCUGACUACGGCUUGCAUCUCCUUUUUGGCCAUGUUGAACGCCCGAGUGAUCCGAAAAUUGGGCACGAGAUUGAGUGGGAUCCUGGGAAUUUCUCUGUUCGGGCUGGGCGAAAUCUUGGCUGGGUUUACCACCAAGAAUGUGGCCGGGCUAUUUGUGGCCAUUGGAUUGGUAAUGGGACUGGGAACUAGUCUACUAUUCAUGGUUGUUUCCGUUACACCCGCACAGUACUUCAAAUCCAAAAGAGGAAUUGCCAACGGAAUUGUUUAUGCAGGUGGUGGGCUUGGUGGCGCCAUUAUCAGUUUCGUGACCAAUGGCCUUUUGGAGGCCCUCGGUGUGGCGUGGACAUUCCGAGUUUUGGGAUUCAUCACUUUGGUGACUGGGCUGCCUGCAGCAUAUCUCAUCCAGGAGCGUGUUCCGAUUCGACCGAGCUCGUUUGUCGAGUGGCGCCUCUUCCGCGACUAUCGAUUCGUCCUAAUCUUCCUGGGAGGUGGCCUCGCUACCUUUCCGCUCUUUGUGCCCCCUUUCUUCCUGCCUCUCUAUACAGACUCGCUGAAUAUGACUUCGAGCGUGGGCGCCGGGUUGGUGGCCGCUUUUAACUUCUCAUCGGCAGUGGGACGUCUGCUUUGCGGCUUUAGCUCUGACAAGAUCGGACCUCUGAACACCGUUUUCUCCUCUCUCUUGCUGAGUGCCCUGAGCAUGCUGGUGCUGUGGCCGGUCUCCAACUCGUUGGGCCCGUUGGUAGCCUUUGUGAUUAUCAACGGGAUGGCCAAUGGUGGUUUCUUUGCUACUAUGCCGACGGUGGUGGGCAAUGUAUUUGGCUCUGCAAGGGUCUCUGUUGCCAUGGGCAUGGUGGUAACCGGCUGGGGUGGCGGCUAUCUUUUGGCAGCCAUCCAAAACUACAUCAACCACACCCUCGUUACACCCGCUUGUCAUAGCGCAAAACUCCCCGCCGACAUGGACGCUGUACGAGGAAAGUACCACGAGCUCAGCUCCUUGAUCCUCGGCUAUUUCAUGUCAUGGAGCAAGACAGCCUUCCGACGCCUCCACAAAAUCCAUAAAAAAAUACCUUUUGUCCGCGAAGUCCAAUUCAAUUUCAUCUCCUUACACUACUCCUAUCUCAUUCUCUGGGCUAUCAUCGGCUCUGUUGUCGUCUAUGCCGGCAGCGGCAUACCGUACAUCGACGCCUUGUUCUUUGCCGCCGGCGCCGCUACCCAGAGCGGGCUCAACACCAUUGACCUUAAUCUCGUACCAACAUAUGCACAGAUUUUUCUCUAUAUUAUCACCAUGUCGACCAAUCCGAUUGUGAUCCACUCGUUUGUCGUCUUCGUCCGCUUGUACUGGUUCGAAAAGCGCUUUGAAAAUAUCGUGAAGGAUGCCCGUGCGUUGCGCCGAACGAAGUCUCGAACCUUCACUACCGGCAACGACCACCACGAUACUGGAAUGGAAGAGCAAGGCAUUCGUGGCCAGUCUAUUGUCGUUCUUCGCAACGAGGCUGGAGAAGCCCGCGAUGUGGUGCAGGACGUUCCCAAAGUCGAAGCCGAGGCUAGUUCCGAGGCCGGCUCUUCCAAUGAACCGGGCGACACUCGACGGACAUCCGAGGCGUCGCAGGAACAGACCACCGAUCCACCCUUCACUGGCGUCGAAGCCUUGCGUCUUCCCACCCAGCGAAGUCCCGAGCAUCACAUUGCUUUUCUAGAGCAUCAGCGCACAGACAAAGGCACUUUGCGCAUUCCUAGUCCUCGCGAGUAUGAUCGGGGAGGCGUGCCGCAAGCUUUAGAUGAUGUCCUUGAGGGCCCAUACAGUCCCAAGACUCAACCUGUCGAUGAUGAGACACAGGAUACGACAAAUGAGGACACGGCGAACGACGUUGGAAACCACAUCACUAUCAACGAGCCUGAUAUUAUGCGUUUCCGGACUCGUACGGGUACAUUUCCUCGUUUUGAUUCUCGCCGGACUGUCCCACGUGACGAGGGAGAGGAGCCAGCGAACCUUACCAAGACUCGUACUCGACGGAGUACCUUUACCGGUCUUUUCAGGUCGCUGACCCAAGAACAAGAGAAAGAAACGAUGCCAUAUUUGAGUUGGAAUGCAACUAUCGGUCGCAAUUCUGCCUUUGUCGCUUUGACCGAAGAACAACGCGAAGAACUCGGAGGUAUCGAAUAUCGCGCUCUCAAGACUUUGGCAAUUGUGCUAGUUGGCUUUUUCUUCGGCUUUCACAUCUUGGGAAUUAUUUGUCUGGUCCCAUGGAUUAUGCACACCGAGCCCUACUCGUCCGUAGUCACGGCUGCCGGACAAGGUCGUCCGUGGUGGGGAGUCUUCACCUCCAUGUCGUCCUUCAACGAUCUCGGAUUUAGUUUGGUACCCGAUUCUAUGAAUUCAUUCAGCCAUGCCAUUUUCCCGCUCCUCCUGAUGGGUUUCCUCAUCGCCAUAGGAAACACAGGAUUUCCCUGUAUGCUCCGGUUUAUCAUCUGGAUCGUUUCGCUCUUUACCACGUCGGGUAGCCCAAUUUGGGAGGAACUCCGAUUCUUGCUAGACCAUCCUCGACGAUGUUUCACACUGCUUUUCCCUAGAAAUGCGACUUGGUGGCUCUUUGGCAUUCUAGUCAUUCUCAACGCGGUGGACCUGAUUUUCUUCAUUAUUCUCGAUAUUAACGACCCUACAAUUACUCAAAUUCCGGCCGGCAUUCGUGUGGUCGAUGGUCUUUUCCAAGCAAUUUCCACUCGAACAGCCGGUUUUGGCGUUGUCAACAUUGCCGACCUCCACCCAGCUAUCCAGGUGUCGUACCUGAUCAUGAUGUAUAUUUCUGUCUUCCCGAUUGCUAUCUCAAUGCGACGCACGAAUGUCUACGAGGAAAAGAGUCUAGGGAUCUACGGCUCGCAAAGUGAUGAAGACGAAGAAGCCAAGGAGCCCAGUUACAUUGGCGCUCAUUUACGCCGGCAGCUAAGUUUCGACUUGUGGUACAUUUUUUUGGGGCUGUUUAUCAUUGCAAUCGUCGAAGGCACUCGAUUAGAAAACAAUGACGCAUCUUUCUCUCUAUUCGCGGUUCUUUUUGAAAUCGUAUCGGCAUACGGAACAGUCGGGUUGUCACUUGGAUAUCCUAAUACGAACACUUCGUUUUCUGCCCAAUUUCACGUGAUAUCAAAACUAGUUAUCAUCGCAAUGCAAAUUCGUGGUCGGCACCGUGGACUGCCUUAUACUCUCGACCGAGCCAUUCUCCUUCCGUCGGAAUCGCUCCAUGAGAAAGAACAGGCCGAUGCGGAGCGACGCCUACGUCGCCGCGCAUCCAACACCAGCAAUCUUUCAGCAGUCGGUGGUCAAGCUUCAGGCAUGUUUCGGGCCGAAACAGGGACCAAUAUCAAUGCGACUGAUAUAUCUGGAAAUACACCUCUACAUUGGGCUAUCGCAUCUGGAUUUGAAAACGUUGUCUUGAUAUUAAUUGAAAAGGGGGCCAAUAUUAAUGCAACCAAUGGACCUGGACACACGCCUCUAUUCUCGGCCGUCUACAGGAAUUUAGAAGCAAUGGUCUUGAUAUUAAUUGAAAAGGGGGCCAAUAUCAAUCAAACCGAUAAAUAUGGAAAGACACUUUUACACGAAGCUGUCAAAAGAAGAUUAGAAAAAUUUGUUCCGGUAUUGAUUGAAAAAGGGGCUGAUAUCAAUGCGACUGAUACACAUGGAAACACACCUCUGCACGAGGCUGCCAUAACAGGAUCAGAAAUGGCUGUUUUGGUUUUAAUUGAAAAGGGGGCUGAUAUCAAUGCGACUAAUCAAUAUGGAGAGACCUCCCUUCAUCGUGCCUUCGAAGAGGGUUUUUAUAAUGUGGCGGUUCAGCUUUGCGAUCAAGGGGCAAAUGUUCAAGUGGCUACCAUAUGGGGAAAGACGCCUCUCCACAUUGCUGCCAAGAAUGAUCCAGAGAGUGUAAGUCUGCUUAUUGAUAGAAAUGCAAUCGUCAAUGCGGUCGAUAAAUAUGGCCGAACCCCUCUACAUUUUGCCGUUGGUUCCAAAUCCCCGCUGGCUGCCAGAGAGCUUGUUCGAUGUGGUGCCAAUAUCACACUGAGAGAUAAAGACGGGAUGACACCAGUCCAUGAUGCCAAUAGCUUGAAAUCGAAAAGACUUGAUCUACUUGCCGCGUUGAGUGAUGAUCGGGCUGGAGCAAUCUCUUUUUUUCUAUGGGAUCCCCCAGAAGCAUUCGAGUCGUCUACUAACAGUAAGGAAGCAUUGGAUACCAUUACGAAUGCAAUAGCCUUGGUACGACAGGAGAAUCGUGUCGUAGCAACAACUUUGGGGGCUUUUGUUCAGAAUGAAUUUGGAUCCUGGGGCUUGUGGUUCUUGUUCUACAUUGCGUGUGCAUUUACUGGUGAUAACCGGACCUAUGAAAAUGAUGAUAUUUCCAUUGUGGCUCAGCCGACUUACAUCCAUGUCAGAUCAUCUAUAUUUCGUGACAGGAUUAAGGAACUUCUCAAAUGGAUUUGCCUAUCCUUUCGCAAGCCCAAAGACGGCAGCGUAAGCGUUUCCGGGGGAGAACUCUAUACCAACAUAUUUACUCUUCAGACAUUGCAACCCUUUGUUGUUGACACCUUUAAUAACUCAACUUGCUGGCAUGGGCUAUUUGAAUCAGCCGUGAUUGGGACAGACUCUGCUAUCAGUGCUGAACAGCCUAUAUCUGGUUGUCGGCUUGAUGUAUCAUUCGAUUUCAUGAUCCAGAUAUCGGCCGUGGAAUAUCCCCUUAUGAUUGAAAGAGGAAUUAUCCUGAUGGGAUACUCCACUGCGUUGGUUCCAGUCCGCAUGGUUGACGAUACGCAUGUGCUUUGGCACUUGGAGGUGGCAAAACACAAUUCCCAGCUAUCAAUAUCGGAGCUAGCAGCAAUACAGUCUUGUUGGCUACAAGUAGACAAUCUGGAUCAACUGCGUGCAAAGACGGCUCUGGUAGGCUGGUGUCCUGAAGCAACCGUCUUGUUAGGGACCGACAAACUGAGACCGAAUGCAACGUGGUCAAACGGAAAAGUGAAAAAGACUUCAUGGCACUGGUCUGGGGCAAAUCUACAGUUUCUUGCCCAGUCCGCAGCUCCGGCUCAGAUAGGCGCGCAACUUGGGCUAGCCAUGAGCCGAACAACAAAUAUGCUCAGGUUUAGUCCUUCGAAUAACUAUCUUAAAUGUCUCAAUAACAGUGCAACUGAGCAUGUUGUUCUCUAUGAUCUGGCUGCCGAACGUGCGUGGCUUGUCCCCCUGCUUAGCACAUUUCAUCACAUGCUGGCAAUCUAUUGGGAUACGAUCCCUACCGAAUCACGAUCCCCCACCCUUCCCUUAGCUACUCCUAGUGCUGAUGGGGCAUUAGCUUCUCUAAAUAUUCUCAAAGGGAGAAGCGAAUUUAUUGUUGAGAGAUCAGCCGACGAGAGCUCUACAAUACGGGAUUUAAUAAUGGGAUUUUCGGCUAAUUUCUCCAGGAUCUCAGUCCAUUCCCCUUUUCGGAGCGAGGUUUACGGCUAUGAACUGAUGGACAUCGUCGUUGACUCUCCAAUGGCAGAUCUCAGGCAGAAGAAGAUCAAGAAAGAGGGUCUUGGCUGGGCGCCUCUUCUUAGUCAGGUCCGCUGUCUGUUCUGUUCAGGGGUUGGGAAUGCUAUUAUCGGCGCGAAGGCGAUAGAUUUGGACUCGCCUUGCAAUGAACUGCCAUACGGCUCCAAUUUAAUGGCAGCCACAAUCCCCAGCAUCAGCGCAUUGGCACGGCGUUUUGGUAGUGAUUUUCAAGGUCCUUUAUGCCAAUUAUCAACCCUGCAUAUGUGGCAGUUGGCUGGUAAUCCCUUUACACGUUGCCAGCACAAAGUGAACAGCCACGAGACUUGUUGGCACACGAUGAAAUUUCUGCAAGAAAUUCAAUCAAUUAAAAAAACGAACCAUCCCAUUGAAGGCCCACAGAUAUCAACGCUGUCCAAGGACGGUGCGGUCGUUUUCGGACAGCAAAGGCGAGGAAGCAUUGUCAAAGAUUCAAAAUCCAUUAGUGUGCUUACCUACAAGUUCUAG